AUGGCAUCAUCAUCUUCCUUAAGAACUUCAUGGCCGUAUGAUGUGUAUCUAAGAUUUAAAGGCAACGAUAUUCCUAGAAAUUUUACAAGUGACUUGUACGAGGGUUUGAGAAAGAGGGGAAUUUCCACUUUUCUAGAUGAUGAUGAUGAUGGUGCUUAUACUGCUGAUGAUUUAAAGCUAAGGAAUAACCGAUUGUAUUUUGAACGAAUCCCGCAAGCUAUGGAAGAGUUUCAAGUUGCCCUAGUUGUUUUCUCAAAGAAUUAUGCGACAUCAAGACGGUGCUUGAAUCAAUUAGUGACAAUCAUGGAAUGCAACCAGAAAAACAGACCAACAGUCAUACCGAUCUUCUAUGGUGUGGAUCAAGCAGAUGUUCAGAAGCAAAGGGGGAGGUUUGCAGAAGCAUUUGCCAAACACGUAAAACGGUGUAAGUCUGAUGAAGAAAUGAACGAGGUGAGAAGAUGGAGGACCACUUUACCUCAAGUGGCCAAUCUCAGCGGUUGUGUUGUCCAUGAUAGGACCAAAUCGAAAUGUAUUCAAGAUCUUAUUGAUCAAAUUUCAUCCAAAUUAUGGGAGGCUUCUUUAACUUAUUUCCAAAAUGUUGUGGGAAUAGAAACUCAUUUGAAGGAAGUAGGAUCCCUGCUAGAGAUGGAAAUUGAUGAUGUUCGGAUUGUGGGUAUAUGGGGAGUUGGGGGAGUCGGUAAAACGACAAUCGCAAGAGCUGUUUUUGAUAGACUAUCAUCUCAAUUUGAUGGUGCUUGUUUCCUUGCCGACAUUAAAGAGAACAAACAUGGAAUGAACUCUCUGCAAAAUAUCCUUCUCUCUGAACUAUUAAGGGAAAAAACUAAUUACGUGAACAGUAAGGAGGACGGAAAGCACCUGAUUGCUCACAGACUUCAUUUUAAGAAGGUUUUAGUUGUGCUUGAUGACAUAGAUCACAAAGACCAUUUGGAUUACCUAGUAGGGGAUCUUGGUUGGUUUGGCAAUGGAAGCAGAAUCAUUGCAACAACCAGAGACAAGCAAAUUAUGGGGAAGGAUAAUGUAGUGUAUGAAGUGACUACAUUAGUUGACCAUGAAGCUAUUCAACUGUUUAAUCAAUAUGCUUUCAGGGGAAAAGUACUAGGUGAGUUUUUUGUGAAGCUAGCAUUGGAGGUAGUAAUUCAUGCGAAAGGCCUUCCUUUAGUCCUAAAAGUAUUGGGUUCUUUCUUACAUAAGAAGGACAUGAUUGUGUGGAGAACUGUUGUAAACCAAAUAAAGAGAAACACUAAUUCAAAUUUUGUUGAAAACCUCAAAAUAAGUUAUGAUGGGUUGGAUCAUGAAGAGAAAGAGAUAUUUCUAGAUAUCGCAUGCUUCUUAAGAGGGAGAAAAAAAAAAGAGAUCCUGCAAAUUCUUGAGAGCUGUGGUUUUGGAGUUGAUAUCGGAUUGAAGGUCCUAAUUGACAAAUCUCUUGUGUUCAUCUCUGAAUAUGAUACAAUUCAAAUGCAUGACUUAAUACAAGAGAUGGGUAGAUAUAUAGUGAAAAUGCAAAAGGAUCCGGGCAAACGUAGCAGAAUAUGGGACGCUGGAGAUUGCGAAGAAGUGAUUAUCAACAACACAGGGACCGAGGCAGUGGAAGCAAUCUGGUUUACUUGUUUUGAACAACUACACUUUAAUGAAAAGGCAAUGAAAAAUAUGAAAAGGCUGAGGAUACUAUACAUAUCUUCCUUCUCUUCACAUCCCUCUUUGAUGGAUUUGGAAAUUGUACCCCGGGGUUCCAAUGGGUACCUGCCCAACAGCUUACGUUGGUUUGUUUGGAAUCACUCUCCUUGGGAGUCAUUGCCAGAAAAUUUUGAACCCACCGGGCUUGUUCAUCUUGAUCUCCGGUGGAGUUCGCUGUGGCAUUUAUGGACAGAAGCAAAGCAUUUGCCGUCUCUACGGAAGCUAGAUCUCAGCUACUCCAAAAGCCUAAAGCAAACACCAGAUUUCAAAAGGAUGCCUAAUUUGGAGUAUUUGAAUCUGGAGGAAUGUUCGAGUCUUGAAGAGGUUCACCAUUCCCUAGGUUGUUGCAGAAAACUUAUUGAGUUAAAUUUGCAGAGUUGUGGACGCCUAAAGAGGUUUCCAUGUGUUAAUGUGAUAUCUAUUGAAUGUCUGCACCUAGAUGGUUGCUGUAGUUUAGAGAAAUUUCCAAGUAUCCGGGGGAAAAUGAAGCCGGAGAUAAAGAUUCACGUGGAACGCUCUGGGUUAAGGAAAGUACCAUCAGCUGUUAUUCAGCACCAAUCUAGUCCUACAGAGCUAGAUUUGAGUGGCAUGAAAAACCUUGCAACACUUCCACGCAGCAUUGUCGAGUUGAUAGAUUUAGUGAAGCUAAAAGUGUCCUACUGCUCAAAGCUUGGAAGAUUGCCAGAAGAGAUAGGUGAUUUAGAAAACUUGGAGGAGCUUCAUGCCAUAGGGACUCUAAUUUCACGACCUCCGUCUUCCAUUGUCCGCUUGAACAAGCUUAGAUUCUUGACCUUUGCAAAAAAUAAAUCAGAAGAUGGAGUGUGCUUUGUGUUCCCUCAGGUGAAUGAAGGGUUACUCUCAUUGGAAGAACUGGAUCUCAGUUACUGCAAUUUAAAAGAUGGAGGACUUCCGGAAGACAUUGGAUCCUUAUCCUCUUUGAAAGAGCUGAAUCUCGAAGGAAAUAAUUUUGAGCAUUUGCCUCAAAGCAUAGCCCAACUUGGCGCUCUUAGAUCCUUGACCUUAUCAUAUUGCAAGAGGCUUACACACCUGCCACAAUUUCCACAGCAAUUAGAUACAAUAACUGCGGAUUGGAGCAAUGAUUCAAUCUGUAAUUCGUUGUUCCAGAAUAUCUCAUCAUUGCAGCAUGACAUCUCUGCUUUAGAUUCCUUGUCACUAAGAGUGUUUACAAGUUGGGGGGAGGAUAUCCCACGUUGGUUCCACCAUCAGGGAAUGGAUACAAGUGUAUCAGUCAGUUUGCCUGAGAAUUGGUAUGUAUCAGACAACUUCUUGGGAUUUGCUGUAUGUUACUUUGGAAACUUAAGUAACACCAGAGUUGACUUGAUUCCCUUAUGUGAUGAUGGGAUGUCUUGGAUGACCCAGAAACUUGCCUUAUCCAACCAUUCAGAAGAAUUUCCAGAAACUGCUGUUCAUUUUUUCUUGGUACCUUUUGCUGGCUUAUGGGAUACACCUACGGCAAAUGGAAAAACACCAAAUGACUAUGGGCUUAUUAGGUUAUCUUUCUCUGGAGAAAUGAAGGAGUUUGGAUUUCGUUUGUUGUAUAAAGACGAACCAAAGCUUGAGGGCUUGUUACAAAUAAGGGAAAAAAAUGAAUCCAUGGCAUCAUCUUCUUCUACUGUUGGAUCGUCACAGUUGCUUCAAUGGAAGUACAAUGUCUUUCUAAGUUUUAGAGGUGAAGAUACCCACAGAACAUUUAGGAGUCACUUGUACCAAGGUUUGAGAAACAGGGGAAUAUUCACCUUUCAAGGUGAUAAAAGGCUAGAGCGUGGCGAUUCGAUCCAAGAAGAACUCUUGGAAGCUAUCAAAGAGUCUCAAGUUGCCCUCAUCGUUUUCUCAAAGAAUUAUGCUACAUCGAGGCAGUGCUUGAAUGAACUAGUGAAGAUCAUGGAAUGCAAGGAAGAAAAUGGACAGUCUGUCAUACCUGUGUUCUAUGAUGUGGAUCCAUCGCAUGUUCGGAACCAAAGGGAGAGCUUUGCAGAAGCCUUUGCCCAACACGAAUCAAAGUAUAAGGAUGAUGCUGAAGGAAUGCAGAAGGUGAAAGGAUGGAGGAAUGCCCUAACUGCUGCUGCAGAUCUAAAAGGAUACGAUAUUCGUGACGGGUGCUAAUUGUGCUUGAUGACAUUGAUGAAAGAGAUCAUUUGGAGUAUUUAGCAGGUGAUGUUGGUUGGUUUGGUAAUGGCAGUAGAGUUGUUGUAACAACUAGAAAUAGAGAUUUAAUAGAGAAGGAUGAUGCAAUAUAUGAAGUGCCUAC